AUGGGGCAAGGGGUGGUGGUGGCAGCGAUGCGGAUGGUGCAGGGGGCGUUGGCGGUUGCGGUGGGGAUGGGGCUGGGGAUGUUGGCGUCGGCUAUGGGGAUGGGCACUGGCGGGGAUGAGGAUGGAGCAGAGGCUGUUGGCGACAGUGAUAGGGAUGGAUCCGAGGGUUGCGGCGGCGAGGAUGGUGGAUUCAAGGGCUGGCAGCGCAGCAAAGCUCGAUCGACCGGCAAUGGGGAUGGAUCCGGGAGUUACGGCAGGGGUGAAGGUGGAGGAAUCGCCGGCAGCAGGGAUGGCGCAGGGGGGCGUACGGCGGAUGGGGUGGGAGCAACUACCGGCGGUGGGGAUGACCUGCAUGAGCCGGCGGCGGUGGAUGCGUCGAGCAGAGGGGUGGGGAUGGGGCUGCAGGUGCGGGCGCGGGUGCGAAGAAGUUUGUUAGAACCUGAGAUGGUCCAAAGAAUGGCUUCAGCUUUCAAGCAAGAUGUCAAAAGUAUGGCCCUAAAGUAA